AUGGCAAGCAGAUUCUACAUCCAGAUGCCUCCGACUCAGACGCCGAAGCAGCCGUCGCGCCGCUCACCACUCACGCCAUCGAGUCCUGGCGUGUCGCCACCUUCGCUGACGACGCACACCUCUUGCGCCUCGAAGCACGAUGCUGGUGUCCACCCGGCCAAGGCAACUGCCAUCCUCACCAGAAUGGCCUCGAGCAGCUCGCGGAGAUCGUCAGACCCCUCCAGCCCGCCCCAGUCUCCUGAGGAGAGAUCAAGUAUCAUGUCAGACUCGUCAGACUACUGGUACCACGGCAGAAAAGAAGGCGGAGGAUACAUCAGCUUUCCCGACUUCGAGAAGUACUGCUCGCCGAACCAAGACGGCUACCAGGACGAGCGGACAUGA